ACCACAGCGCCAAGCAGUGCCGCACUCCCUGCGGCCUGAGGACGGCGUGCAGCGAGUGCACCAGCAGCAACUCGGAGUGCAUGUGGUGCAGCAACAAGAAGCAGUGCGUGGACUCCAACGCCUACGUGGCCUCCUUCCCGUACGGCCAGUGCAUGGAGUGGCACACCGUCAGCAGCUGUCCGCCUGAAAACUGUUCAGGCUACUUCACCUGCAGCCACUGCCUGGAGCAACCGGGGUGUGGCUGGUGCACGGAUCCCAGUAACACGGGGAAGGGCCGAUGCAUGGAAGGCUCUUCCAGGGCUCCCAUGAAGAUGCCGGCGGCCUCCUUGCCCUCGACGGGAAAACCCUACCCGGACCCGAUCCUGGAUGUCAGCCUGUGCCAGACGGAGAACAAAUACAACUGGUCCUUUAUCCAGUGUCCAGCCUGCCAGUGCAACGGGCACAGCAAAUGUGUCAACGAGAGCAUCUGUGAGCAGUGCGAGAACCUGACCACCGGCAAACACUGCGAGACGUGCAUCUCCGGUUACUAUGGAGACCCCACGAACGGAGGGACCUGCCAGCCCUGCAAGUGUAACGGCCACGCAUCCAUCUGCAACACCAACACCGGGAAGUGUUUCUGCACAACCAAAGGGAUCAAAGGAGAAGAAUGCCAGCUGUGUGAAGUCGAGAAUCGAUACCAGGGUAACCCUCUCAAAGGAACCUGCUACUAUACCCUUCUCAUCGACUAUCAGUUCACCUUCAGCCUCUCCCAAGAAGAUGAUCGCUAUUACACCGCAAUCAAUUUCGUGGCAACACCGGAAGAGCAAAACAGAGACCUGGACAUGUUUAUCAAUGCUUCGAAAAACUUCAACCUCAACAUCACUUGGUCGACAAGCUUUGCAGCUGGGACACAGGCCGGAGAGGAGAUUCCAGUGGUUUCAAAGAACCAGGUCAAGGAAUAUAAGGACAGCUUCUCCAAUGAGAAAUUUGAUUUCCGCAACAAUCCCAACAUCACUUUCUUUGUCUACGUCAGCAACUUCACCUGGCCCAUAAAAAUUCAGAUUGCAUUUUCACAGCACAGUAACUUUAUGGAUCUGGUGCAGUUCUUUGUCACGUUUUUCAGCUGCUUCUUGUCUCUGCUUCUCGUGGCUGCUGUGGUUUGGAAGAUUAAGCAAAGCUGCUGGGCAUCGCGACGGAGAGAGCAAUUACUCCGAGAGAUGCAACAGAUGGCCAGCCGCCCCUUCGCUUCCAUCAACGUCGCCUUGGAAACGGACGAAGCGCCCCCGGAUCUCAUCGGAGGUAGCAUUAAGAUGGUCCCCAAGCCCAUCGCCCUGGAGCCUUGUUUUGGCAACAAAGCGGCCGUCCUUUCCGUCUUCGUGAGGUUGCCAAGAGGCCUGGGUGGCAUCCCUCCACCUGGGCAGUCAGGUCUUGCGGUCGCCAGUGCGUUGGUGGACAUUUCACAACAACUGCCUAUCACCUACAAAGACAAGUCAGGUGGGGUACGAAAUAGGAAACAGCAACCUCCAGCCCAGCCCGGAACCUGUAUUUGAUGCAUGGACAUCAGAACUGCCUCUUUAGGAUUUUAAACCCAAGGUUAGCCCUCGGAGAAGGACCUCCAUUUUGUUUUGUUUUUGUUUCCAAAGGCCCCUGGAGGCCUCAAAGCACUUGAGAACAUCCAGACGUUCUUCUUGGCGUUGGCGCCACCGCUGCCUCGGUUGGUCCCGUUCGGCGCCCGCUCCGUCUUAGACCGGCCCGAUCAUGUCAACGCCGGGUGGCUUCAGUGUUUUCCGGUUGCUCCCCUUCGUCGGUUUUCGACCUUCCAUGGCAUGUCCUUCAGCAGACUUCUCCACCCACGAAGGUUGGCAUCAACCAGGAAGACGCCUACAAAAGACCGGUUUAUGGAACUUGACUUUUUUCCCCCUUCCAGGUUGUCUAAGGAAGAGCGUCGCCAAUACCGGUCAGUUCUCUGCCCUUGGUUGCUAGACGGCAAGAAUUCAGAAGAAGCUUUCUUCCCCGGGUUCCCGAUAAACCCAAGAUCUCUAUUUAUUUCUUCUAAGAACAAGCCUUGGAUUGCUGCCUCAGUGUGGUAGCAUUAUUUUUCUCCAAGUUCAAGGUAUUAAAAUUCGGGGCCGAGCAGCACUUUACGGUUGAACUCUACCCCUUGUUUCCCUUUAAAAAAAUACAAUCCCAUUUCCAGAGGGUAUUUUUGUCCCCCUCGACGUGGGCUUGUGUAGCAACGGACAUCUUCUCCCGCGUCCAACGGGGUUUUACGUAGAUCUAGGAAAGCAUGGGAUUAACGCCGUUCAGGUUUUGCACAUGCUCCGUAUUCUCCUUCCACCCCUGUUCUUUUUUUUCAUUUGGCUAACUGGAUUCAGGGGGAGAGAAACUGCCACGACGGACGGACGGACGAGAGACAGACGGUAACGCCAGAGCCGGUGGGUGGGUGGGUGGACGGCAUGGCUUGUAUGUUCUCUCCACGGCAGCUGACACGGUGAUUUUCUUCCUCUUUGGCGCUUUCCAUAUCUUCUUUCUCUUCGGUUGCUGGGCUCAAGGGAAGGGCCAAUUCUUACCUUGCACAGGUUUAGGUUGAAAUAGCUCUGGGAGGGGUCUGAAGGCCCCGGAGUCCCCCCACCAUCACCACACACACAAUGCACCCAGAACAACUCGCUUACCAGCAGUGGGAUCCUACCUGUUCCACUACCGGUUUGGUGAUCACACAUGUGCGUGCAGCUUUCCCCCCACCAGCUGAGGCUCUGCA